AUGCGCGACGUCGCAUCGAACGGCGCGUCGAACAGCGCGUCGACGCGCGCGCGGACGACGGAGACGGGGAUUGAGGUUGGGAAAUCUGAACUGCUCGAGUUCGCGCGGCGAAGCGUCGACGCCGUGCGCGCGACGCGUGGGGGCGAGAGCGAUACGAGCGCGCUGGUGUGGAGUGAUCUAAAACGUAGUGUCGGAGCGUUGGCGUGCGCCGCGCGCGCGUGGCCGGAAUCGUUCGAGGCGUUGACGGGGACGUCGCGAGCGGGGACGAGCGCGUCGACGCGCGGCGGCGCCGCGGCGAUGAAACACCCGUUUCAGACGCUGCGAGGGAUUUUAGCGAGAGAGCGGGUGCCGGCAAAUGCGAUAUCGGUCGAUGGUGUCGAGCGAGGGGAGUUUCAGGCGACGUUUGAUGCGUUGGCGGUGAUGUAUUGGACGUGCGAAGUGCGAGCGAAUGCGGCGAGCGGCGCGGCGACGGCGAUUUCGUUUGCGAGAAAGUUGGGACCCGGGGCGGUGGCGUAUUGUCAGAGCGAGGAGACGCGCGCGCGCGCGGUGCGACUAGCGCAACGGGAGAUGGAGACGGCGGCGAAGAAAUCGAGCAGAAAGGCGAGUCGAGCGAGUUUGGCGAGCGCGAGUGAAAUUGAGCAGAAGCGCGAGCCAAACGCGAGAGAAACCAAGCAGAAGCGCAAGUCGAACGAGCCGAUCGACGGGCGGCCGGCGACGAUGACGAUCGAUGAUUGGGAAACUAUUACAGAACUUCGAUGGGAAUUAGAGAAGAUCAAUGAGAUUAGCGAGGAGCGGGCAAGGGAAAUCGAGCGACUUCGCGGCGCAACAUCGCCGAGGUCAACGCGCUUGUACGAGACAAAGAUUCGGGACUUGAGCGAGCAGCUCGUGGCUGAGCACGAGGAGCGAAUGCGAGUGACGCGCGAGUACGAAGACGAGCUUAUUGACAUGCGCAAGAAUAUGGCUGAAAUUAUGAAUGCAUCGAUUCUCAGGCCCGAGAACAUGGUGGCUUUCAACUCUGUCGACGUCUCCACGGAGGAGGGUCGCGCGAUGGCCAAAGUGAUGAUAGAUGCCAUGGAUCGCGUGACGCGAGCCACAGCGGACGUACAGAAGGCGACGCGAUCGUACUUGAAUCACGUCUCCGAUGAUAUCGUGUCGCCAUCGACGAACGAUACCUCUUUGUCACCGUCGUUUCUUUCUCGAUUGGACACAUUUGAAUUGAGCGAGAGCUCCGUCAAACGCGCAGCCGCGUUCGAUCAGAGCGACGAAAUCGAGCACUUCACAACAGUAAACGAAACGCUCAAGCACGUCGAAUCGAGCGACUCGAUAUACGAUACCUUCGAAUCCGCGUCAGCUUAG